AUGACUACUGAAGUGGGCUCCGCAUCUGAAGUGAAGAAAGAAUCUGACCAGUUAGGAGCAGGUGCAACCAAGGAGAAACUGAAAGAAGUAGCAGAAAAUCAGCAGAAUCAGUCAUCUGAUGCAGAGGAGGAAAAAGGUUCCCAGUCACCUCCUCCAGCUGAAAGCCAAAGUAGUCCACGCCGCCAGAAGAAAGAGAAAGAUCCAUCUGAGAGCAGGGGGAUUUCUCGAUUCAUCCCCCCGUGGCUUAAGAAACAAAAGUCCUAUAACUUGGUAGUGGCCAAAGACGGAGGAGAUAAAAAAGAGCCUACCCAAGCUGUUGGGGAAGAGCAGGUUUUAGACAAGGAGGCAUCUCUUCCUGAAGAAGAAAGGCAGGCCAAGGGUGAUGCUGAAGAAACAGCCCAGAGAAAACAGCAGGAGAUCAAGGUCGACGUCAAGGAAGAGAAACCUCUGGUGAGCAGUCUGGAGACACAACCUGUUGAAGAAGUAAGCAAAGAGAGAGAAGAGGAGAAGGUAAAGGAAAUACAGGAGGACAAAUCGGAUGAAGCAGCAAAAAGGGAGACAAAGGAAGUUCAGACCAAUGAGCUAAAAGCAGAGAAGGCCUCUCAGAAAGCCACCAAGAAGACCAAAACCGUUCAGUGCAAAGUGACCCUCCUAGAUGGCACCGAGUACAGCUGUGACCUGGAGAAACGUGCUAAGGGACAAGUGUUAUUUGACAGAGUGUGUGAACAUCUCAAUCUCUUGGAGAAGGACUACUUUGGACUUGUGUUUUGGGAGAACCCUGAGCAGAAAAACUGGCUAGAUCCCGCAAAAGAAAUGAAGAGACAGCUGCGAAGCCUUCCUUGGCUGUUCAGCUUUAAUGUGAAGUUUUAUCCUCCUGAUCCUUCUCAGUUGACUGAAGAUAUCACCAGAUACUUCUUGUGCCUUCAGCUCCGGGAGGACAUUGCCUCAGGCCGCCUGCCCUGCUCGUUUGUGACGCAUGCCCUCCUGGGAUCGUACACACUGCAGGCUGAACUUGGGGACUAUGACCCAGAAGAGCAUGGCAGUCAUGACCUCAGUGACUUCCAGUUUGCCCCUACGCAGACGAAGGAACUGGAAGAGAAAGUGGCAGAGCUGCAUAAGACCCACAGGGGUUUAUCUCCAGCACAAGCUGAUUCUCAGUUCUUAGAAAAUGCCAAGAGGCUUUCCAUGUAUGGAGUCGACCUGCAUCAUGCCAAGGACUCAGAAGGCGUGGACAUCAAGCUGGGCGUGUGUGCUAAUGGGCUUCUCAUCUACAAAGACAGACUGAGAAUCAAUCGUUUUGCUUGGCCGAAAAUCCUGAAAAUCUCCUAUAAGCGCAGUAACUUCUACAUAAAAGUUAGGCCAGCAGAGCUGGAACAGUUUGAGAGCACCAUUGGCUUUAAACUGCCAAACCAUCGGGCAGCGAAAAGGUUAUGGAAAGUGUGCGUGGAACAUCAUACUUUCUACAGGCUUGUGUCUCCAGAGCAGCCACCAAAGGCCAAGUUCCUGACCUUGGGGUCCAAAUUCCGCUACAGCGGCCGUACCCAAGCGCAGACCCGCCAGGCCAGCACCCUCAUUGACAGGCCGGCACCGCACUUUGAACGCACUUCUAGUAAGCGGGUUUCCAGGAGUCUAGAUGGAGCUCUGAUUGGUGUUGUGGACCGAAGUCUUACGAAGGAUUUUCCUGGCCCUGCUGGGGAGGUUUCAGCACGUGGCCCUGGAGCUGUGAGCCCUGCUGUGGUACAAGAUGGUGAUGGCAGCAGGGACAUUAGAAGCCCAGCUAAAACCCCACACGUGCAACUCACUGAAGGAAAGAAAAAUUCCUUGAGAGUAGAAGGGGAUAAUAUUUAUGUCAGACAUAGCAAUUUAAUGUUGGAGGACCUGGAUAAGGCCCAGGAGGAAAUACUGAAACACCAGGCUAGCAUUAGUGAACUCAAGCGCAAUUUUAUGGAAUCCACACCUGAACCACGCCCUAAUGAAUGGGAAAAACGACGUAUCACACCUCUGUCCCUACAGACACAAGGGAGUUCACUUGAGACUCUGAAUAUAGUGGAGAAGCAGCAGGCAGAGGUUGGGAAAGACGAGAGAGUAACCUCGGCAGAGAUGAACGGUAAAGAGCCGUCCCCUGGGCAUGGUCCUGGGGAGAUGCGGAAGGUGGAGCCGGGGACGCAGAAAGAUCCCACCCCCCUGUCUUCUGAGAGCAGCAGCGGGAGCGAGGCGGAGGCGGAGGACGUGGGGGAGUACCGGCCCCACCGCCGAGCGCCUGAGGGCGCCAUCAGGGAGGAGCAGGGAGAGUAUGAAGAAGAGGUGGACGAGGCACCCGGCCCAGCAGCCAAGGUAGUAGAGAGGCAGGACCCGGUGCCAGCAGCCAGCGCGGUCACGCGAGCAGGUGCCAGUGUCGGCACAGUAGAAACAGUGACCCAGGAAAAGGGAGCGGGCCCCCAGAUCCCUGCCGAGAAGAGUGUAAACGAAGGCGCUGUUAAGCAAGACGUGAGCGAAGAAACGGAGGACGAGCAACAGAAAGUUAACGGAGACGUGGCUCCCGUUGACCUUGAUGUUUUGCCACAGAUUAUCUGUUGUUCAGAGCCACCAGUGGUAAAAACAGAGAUGGUAACAAUUUCUGAUGCCUCACAAAGGACAGAAAUCUCCACCAAGGAAGUCCCUAUUGUCCAAACUGAGACCAAAACCAUCACAUAUGAGUCUCCACAGAUUGAUGGCGGGGCUGGUGGUGACUCGGGCACGUUACUGACUGCACAGACCGUCACAUCUGAGUCCGUGUCGACGACGACAACCACGCACAUCACCAAGACUGUAAAAGGUGGAAUAUCUGAAACAAGAAUUGAAAAGCGCAUCGUGAUCACGGGAGAUGCAGAUAUUGAUCACGACCAGGCGCUGGCCCAGGCCAUCAGGGAAGCCAGGGAGCAGCACCCCGACAUGUCGGUCACGAGGGUGGUGGUGCACAAAGAAACCGAGCUGGACGAGGGGGAAGAGUAA